AUGGAACAAGAACAAGCUAUAGGAGCAAAAAGGGUCUGGGAAUCUGUAAAGUUAUAUACUGUCAAGUGCGCCAAAUGUUCAAAAUGGAGGCUCAUCCCAACAAAGGAAAAGUAUGAGGAGAUACGGGAAAGGAUCGUAGAACGAUCUUUCCUAUGCGAUACAGCACGUGCGUGGCGACCUAAUGUCUCUUGCAAUGAAGAAUCAGAUGUUAAGCAGGAUGACAGUUUCCUUUGGCCUAUGGACAAGCCGAGAAUUCCCCAGACUCCUCCUGGCUGGCAACGAAUUUUACGAAUCAGAGCUGAAGGUGGCACAAAAUUCGCUGAUGUCUAUGUAGCCUAUAACUUUUUACUUUUCCUUUUUCGAGAAAAUGGGAGUAAAGAUCUUGAGUGA